CCAUGAAAUAAAAUAGAAAGUUUGUCUAUAAUUCGGGCCCAAACUAAAAUAUUAACCAUUUUACUUUGGUUGUUGGCUUGUUGCCCUUAUUUGAUUCGUCUCUACCGUCUGCUCUCCCGCCGAUGUUCUCAAUUCUCUUCCCCAAAUCUUAUUCCGGUCUCAAUGGCGAACUUGAAGUCCAAUUCUCCCUUCUCCCGCCGCAUCGUACGAGCUUUCCUCGAUUUCCUUGAUUGUGUUGAACCAGCACCCGGAGUUGAUGCCGAGAGCUUGGAGGUAGCACGGGAAUGUUUAGCCGGCGCGUUCAAGCUUGAUGUCAAUUCUGCUGAUGAUCCAAUUCAACCUGGUCUUUUGGUCAACCUAUUCCGUUCCCUCGACUCAAAUGAUCGCAAUCCUGCCGACGGACAUCGCUCACAGGUUCACCAGGAGGAAGAUGGGACGACACAACCUGGUGGUGUAGGGAUGUCAAAUGAUGAAUUGUUUGGGCAAUUCUUCGCUGCACUCGAGAAAAUUCACUUCUUCAAAGCAACACCUGACGGGAAGGAUGAUUCAAUCCAACUAGACAAAGCAACACGGUUAUUCCACGAGGCUCUCAAUGAGAUGGAAAGAUCUGGAUGCCAGUCAUACAACAGGAAUAGCCUCGCUGAAGCAUUGAAGUCACAAGGUAACAAGGCAUUGCAGUUAAAGCGAUACUACGAUGCAAUUGAGUUGUAUUCUUGUGCCAUUGCACUUUGUGAAAAGAAUGCUGUUUAUUACUGCAACAGGGCUGCUGCAUAUACCCAGGUGCAAAAGUAUGCCGAAGCAAUCAGAGAUUGUCUGAAGUCUAUUGAAAUUGAUCCUAGUUACAGUAAGGCAUACAGUCGUCUUGGAUUCGUGUACUAUGCACAAGGGAACUACAGGGACGCUAUUGAUAAGGGAUUUAAGAAAGCCUUGCAAUUGGAUCCAAAAAAUGCGUCCAUGAUGGAGAAUAUCCAGGCUGCUGAGGAAAAAUUAAAGGAAGAGCAAUCAUGGGGUCAGAACUCGAGUUCAUCGGGGGUUCCUCCUCCAUUUGGAUCGAUGCCGUUUGAUCCUUCUUCCAUCCCCAUGAAUUUUGCAAACAUGAUGCGGAAUGUUAUGCCGGAUGUACAACACACAGGAGAGCAUCACGAACAAGGAGGGCAAGGACCAACCAGGAAUCCCCCUGAUGAGCCGCACCAGCAGCCCGGAGCAGGAGUAGGUGGAAGCAUGAACAUUAAUUUAGGAGAAAUGAUGCCGGAUGAGCUGCGAGGAGCUCUCCGAUCAGCCAUGGAAAUGUUCUCCGGAGCUGCACCACCGCCCACCGGGAAUGCCGAUCAAUCAUCAUCCAGUGGAAGAUCAGCAACACACUAGACUGAACUCAGCCUUUUUUUCUCUUUCUGAUUUUGGGUGGAAGAAGGGAUACUAGAAACUAUCUUUUGAUACGGUAUCUGACGUAGAGAUGGCUUUGUUUUGUUUGAUGUGUCUUUGAGUUUUAACUGUGUAGUUAGUUGGUUGACAAGUUAUAGUGGGCGUACAAUAUCAAAUUUCUCUUCUUCGUUCGGAAUUAUGAUUUCUCGUCUUCUCUUUGAUCAAAGUUUCUAUCAGGUUCGUAUUGAAACUUCACUCCCGACCGUUUAAGCUGCUGUGCUUUAGGCCUUACUAUGACUCUUGACGGUGCUAAUAAUGUUUGUCGUUGCGUGCAUCCAACGAUUAGGCUAAAACGCGCUAAUAUCAAUGGGUUUGGGAGAAAGUCCGAUCUAGGUGGUAAGGGUGUUGUGUCAUUUCAAUCAUAUUCUGGAUAUCAUGUUCGUUACAUGGUUCAUGAAACCGUACCGGAGAUCAUACCAGAACAGUCAGUAAUAGGAUAUUUUACGACAAAAUCGUGAUUUAAUCGUAGUUCAACUGUUAGUAUCGUUAAUUACAUACUCAACAAAUCGUGAUUUAAUCGUAGUUCAACCGUUAGUACCGUUAAUUACAUACUCAACUUGAGUCAACUUGAGUCGAACCUAGAUGCAACACUCCAGUUUCCACCGUUGAAACUUGAAACUGUUUGGUCGAAGUGAGGAAAGGGACGAAAUUAUAGGUUUGAAAAUCUGAAAGGAUGGCAUUGCCAUCUGGCCCACAUGCACCAACUCCCUCCACUCUCCUUCACCCAAAUAUACGGCUCAGAUCUCACUGAAAACGACGGCUCAGACACGUGUAUGGCUGGAGAGUGGCCAAAGUAAAAUUAGAUGAAAUAAGCAAGGAUUAAAAUACCGGACGUACUGGCAGUUCGACCAGAAAAACCUCAUACCGGAAGGCAAAACCGGUAGACGGUAUUUAGCGGUUUGACAUGCGGUUGAAUCAUAAUUAAACUGUGAUUUUAGCUUAAAAUAUCCUACCGCUGACUUUUCCCGAUACGAUAUUUCAAUCAUUGGAAAUGACUAAUAAGCUAAUAAUCAACACCUGCUGCUGGCGAAGAAAUCUGGAAACAGAAAUGCAGAUAAGAUUUGGAUGCUCCCUCCAUGAUGAAAUUUCAUCCCAUUUAAUAAUAAGAGAGGCAUUUUAUUCUAUUGGGUUCUUCUUUGAAUGAUUCUGCCCUGUUGAUAAGUGGGGAUUGUUCGUGAUUUCCUUUCUGUGGCAAUCUAUAUUUUAGUUUAAAGAAAUCAUGAACAAGCUUCAUCACGUUCAUUUUAAUUCAAAUUUUGCUUAGAACGAAAAGAGUUCAUUGUGAUCUAUUUUAUUUAUAAAUUUUCGGAAAGAAAAAUUUCAACACCAUAUAUGCCAUUAGACCAUAUAACAUCCUGGUAUACAAUGAUAACUGGUGGUAUAUAUGGUAAAAGGUGAUAAAUGAGAGCUGCUAUUUUCCAGUUAUCAUGUAUACAACCACUGUAUAUUGUAAUUUCAUACCAUUAUGAUACGGUUUUAUAUUAUGAUACGGUUCUAUAGUAUAGAUUGGUAAUAUAUAUCUUCUUAUUUUUGUUUCAAAAUAUAUCAAAUUAAAUGUUAUUUUGAAU